AGAUCUUGAGUACAGCCAUUGAACAGCCCAAGAACAGCAAAAUGGCCAAGGUCUCAUCCGCGGAGAUGCAAAUUCGAGGAUCUCUGUUCGAGGCUCGUCUCCAAAUCGCCAACCGGGAUGUGGACGGAAACCCCAAGGAGGAUGGAUUGUAUGUGUUGGUGCUCAGCAGUCACGACGACCCCAACGACAUGCAACCAUGCUCGAUGGAGCCCACCAUCUACCUCGAUACGCCGAUGGUGCCAGACUCCGAUUCUAUGGUUGUGUUUCUACUUCCAAUCUGCACACAGUGGCAGGAGCGAUCGGGAGUGGAGCCAACAGCUCUCGCCGGCCUCCUAUUGAGAGAAUCGGUGUCGCCUGCAGCUGAGACGAGGUACGAGAGAAUUGGGAUAUUCGGGUUGGACCACAGCCAGGCUUGCACGGUCUGUGGCAUUCGGUCUGAAGAAAGCGUCUCCGUCGAGGAUGCAUUGGAGAGUAUGGGACGAGAAGACAUAUACCUCGUUUAAUGGAGAGGACGGUCACCUUCGGGGUGAUACAGCCUGUUCUCUCCGCGACGUUUAGUCUACUCCAUAACUACCCUAGAUAAUGCUCACACGUUACGGAAUCAUGCUGGAGUUUGCUCAUUCGUUUGGGCGCGCAGGCCGUUCAUUUAGAAGCCUCC